AUGUCAUCAGCGAAAUACCAACAACUUGAUGAUGAUAUCGCAUUUCAUUUUCUUCUGUGUGCUGGUGGCAUUCUCAUAUGUUAUUUUUAUUUUGGUAUACAACAGGAACGCAUCGUUCAAGGAAAGUAUCCAAAUGGGGAGAAAUUCACGUUUACGCAAGCUCUUGUGUUCUUUUUGUGUGUGGCAAAUACUAUUUUCGCUUGGGUACUUAGACCGAAAAAGGAUGUAGACACGGUUCCUACAAGAAUGUAUGGCGUAUGCGCUGGUAGCUACCUCCUUGCAAUGAUUUGUAGUAACCAAGCUUUGCAGUAUCUUCCGUAUCCUACUCAGGUUCUUGCAAAAUCAUGCAAACCUAUUCCGGUUCUUAUUUUUGGUGUGCUAUUUGCUGGGAAAAAGUACUCAUGGAGAAAAUAUGUCUUUAUUCUCAUGAUUGUGGCGGGUGUAGCCAUGUUCCUGUACAAAGACAAGAAAUCAACAACGGAGAAGCAAGUAGGGAUUGGAGAAUUACUACUGUUGUUGUCAUUAACAAUGGAUGGAACAACUACAUCGAUUCAAGACAGAAUAAAUAAAAGUUACAAAAGAAGUACACUUAGCAUGAUGUUCUAUAUGAAUUUUUUCUCUACUAUCUACCUUAUGAUCGGGUUAGUUGCUACGGGUGAACUUUUCCAAUUUCUCGGAUUUGUUGAACGCCAUCCUUAUGUAUUGUUUGAUUUAUGUUUUGUAGCCGCAUCGAGCUGUGGUGGACAGUACUUCAUCUUCAAGACGAUAAGCGAGUUUUCACCGCUCACUUGCUCUGUGAUCACCACUACUCGCAAAUUAUUCACCAUAAUCAUCUCUGUAGUAUUUAUGAACCAUUCGCUGCUGGAGAGGCAGAAAUGGGCGACUCUCAUAGUUUUCUCAGGACUCAUCAUGGAUGCAGUGGAUAGCAAAAUGUCGAAGAAGAAGACUCAUACUACUUCGGUCUGAUGCUGGAAGGCGUUGGGAUUCGUGAUACUCUGUUAUAAUAAUUUAAUUUCUGUGGUUGGCCUUAGUGAGGCCAUGUUGUUGACUAUUCCUGCUGGUUAUGGUUAUCUCGCAAUUUUUCGGCAAUCUUCUAGUUGAAUUCUUCAUUUAUAAUCUUUGAUGAUCAGUUUAGUUCAUCCUUGUCUUCUGUUUGCAUGUCUCUAUCUAGGAAUCAUUUUUAGGGUUGGAAAAGGAUAUCUCUUUUUGCUGUGAUGUGUGCUACCAAAUGUGCAUUGUUAUCACUUGUUAUCAAAACCACAAUUAGUAACAGUUUUGCGUACAUUUGUGCAUACAGGUCACUUCGAUGGGAG